AUGACUGGGGGAUAUUGCAUUGACUUGUCGAGAUUUCCGUCCGUCCCAGAGGGUUUCUACGCGACCAACAGUCAGUUCCAGAUAGCAGGUCCAAAGGGUUUCAUCCAAGUGAAGGUUCUGGAGAACGAUAAGCUCUACGUGCGCGUCGACUUGCCGGGUGUUCCAGACGACGCCAUCCGCCACAGAGUCGACGCCGUGAGACAAAAGAUCGUGUUUUUCUCCGGGGAAACUCUCAGGGACGGUAACGUGAAGGAGGGAGUUCGUGAGUACUCUGGAACCGCCGGUUUGGGCUGUGACUGCUGCGAGAUCACAGGAGUUGAUGCCAAGAUGAAAGACGGAGUCUUGAGGAUGGUUGUGUCGAGGGUCAAAGUGAAGGAUCACGAGAACAAGUGUGAUCUCGUUGUGCCUCCUUUCACAGGGAGGUCAGGACGUGACAUUGAAGAUCAUCCGUUUGUGGUGAGAGGUCGCAAGGGAGCUUUGUACGGAGAGGCGACGAGAGGUGGUCGUGGAGGAGGGCUUUACUUCACCGUUGAUGUGCCUGGUGUCUCUAGUGAAGAUGCCGUGGAAGUGUUCGCUCUUGAGGAUGAAGUGAGGUUCUACGCUGAGGUGAAGACUGCGAGUGAGCACGAGGAGAGUGCACGUGUCUACCUUGGCAGUGUCCUCAGCGAUGCUCCUUCUUCUCGCAUGCCUUCACUUCUGAGCUACGCCAUUACUUGGGAUGUGGUCUUUGGCGUUCUCAAGGUUCGUGUUGCACCUCCUAGCCCCAACAACAACAACUAG